AAUUGUUAAACAAGACAAGAAAAAGAAUAUCUUGGUUGAAACUCAACAAAUCAUCGUCUCCAAACUCAACAAUGGAGCAAAGAACAAAAUCCAAAUAGUUCGUUUUGCACGACAAAAUCAACAGAGUUUCAUGUAACAAUUUUACAGAGCAAAAGCAAAAUCACUAUACAAAAACAGAGCAUAUACGUAUGGACGAAAGAAAUACAAAUACAUAUGAAACAUAUUACCCAUCAAAAAUCAUCUUCUUCUUCUUCUUCUCAACCUAACAAAUCAAUGGCUGCUUCACUAUCUUCCCUUUUCCUCUCAAACCCUCGUCCUUUUCGCCCUCCUAUAAACCCUAAAUCUAAUCCCCAUCUCGUUUUUCCACUUCGUACCCUCAAUUUCUCCGCUAAACCUAACCCACCCCCUCCGAACUCCAAUGCAAAACAACCACCCACCAUCAGAGAACCGACGUUGCCUACUCCGCCAGUGGGGGAUGAGAAGAAGUCGUUUGCGGUGGCGACCGGCGAGCUUUUCCUUGGGAUUGCUUCACGAGUUUUAAGGCGUGGAAGUAGUUUAGUUAAUGGGUGGAAUGAGGAGCCGGCUGGUGUGACUAUGUUCAAGGAUGAUGAAGAGAGUGAGUCUUACUUUUUGAAAAGGAGGAAGGAAGGGAUAGCGUCGGUGGUUGAGGACCCUGUUCAGCCGGAGGUUGUGUGGGAGCAGACGGAGAAGGAUUUGGAAGCUGAGAAGAGCUUGAAAACGGUGACUAGCCCUGGGUUUAGCUUCUCUGCUGCUGGGCUUUUGUUCCCCUAUCAUCUUGGGGUUGCUAAGCUUCUCAUUGAGAAGGGCUAUAUCAAGGAGACAACACCACUAGCUGGUUCGUCUGCUGGUGCAAUUGUCUGUGCAGUGGUUGCUUCUGGUGCCAGUAUGCAAGAGGCUCUAGAUGCUACUAAAAUAUUAGCUCAAGAUUGUCGGCUCAAAGGGACAGCAUUUCGCCUUGGGGCUGUUCUUAGAGAAGUUCUAGAGAAAUUUCUUCCAGAUGAUGCUCAUAUUAGAUGCAAUGGAAGAGUUCGUGUUGCUGUAACACAGAUACUUUGGAGGCCCAGAGGCUUAUUGGUUGAUCAGUUUGAUUCAAAGGAAGAUCUUAUCAAUGCUGUCUUUACUUCUUCGUUUAUCCCAGGAUAUCUUGCUCCGAGACCAGCCACGUUUUUCAGGAAUAGACUGUGUAUUGAUGGGGGGCUGACACUGUUUAUGCCGCCGACAUCUGGUGCUCAGACGGUGCGCAUUUGUGCAUUUCCAGCCAGUCGUUUGGGAUUGCAAGGAAUUGGGAUAAGUCCUGACUGCAACCCUGAUAAUAGGGCCACUCCUCGCCAGCUUCUCAAUUGGGCACUUGAGCCUGCAGAAGAUGAUAUUCUUGAUAAGCUCUUUGAACAAGGUUAUGCGGAUGCAGCUGUUUGGGCCCAGGAGAACCCAGUUGAGGACUUAAUGCGAGAUGAUGACAGUUCUUCCCGAGGCAUCAGUCUUGUACAAUAGCUUUAUCAUAACAUAAGGACUGAUUUAGUUUAAGAGUGUAUGAGAUCAAGAUGAUACAGGGUACACACUUCAACAAUGAUGGAGCUGUUGCCUUAACAAGGAGCUGGUACUACUGAGGAAGAACGAAGAGGGUCCGAAACUGGUGGUAGGUUAGCAGCAAGUUUUGUAUAUAAUAAUGCAAAGAUGUAAAUUGUAAAGGAGUCACAGAAAAACAAUAAAGAGCACAGGAUUUUGGAUAUGGAGUAUUAUUGGGGUUCUAUUUUGAAGUGAAUAUUGUUGUAAAAUAGUACUACAUAUUUGUGAUAAUAAUUCUGUAAUAUCAGCAAGAUUUUUACAUCAUAA